GCACAGAGUAGUGUCCCUUGUUUCCUCUAACGCGCUGGUCGCUCGUAAACAGCAGCAGAUAAAUCAACACAUUGUAUACAACCUUGUACACGAGGAUUUGUUUUUGCGAUUAAUUUCCGGUUAGAGUUAUAGAAGGUUCAGAAAUUUAACUUCUGCUUUAUUUUUGAAUGUACAAGAAAGCUCGAAUCUUGAUUACAUGUGCAGUAGUGGAUUUGCAUAGUCAUUGUCGAGGUCGCUUCUCGCAUGCUGCUAUCACCUCAAGUCCCUCGGUUAGGAAGAGUUCGCAGAAUUUGCCUUCCAAUGGUUUUCUUCACUUUCCGAAAAUGGCAACCUUAGAAACGCUGAAUUUCGACAACAAGGCACUCAGAGACCUACCUGUUGAUCCUAACGAAGAAAUUCGCGUUCGACAAGUUUCAGGAGCAUGUUUUUCAAAGGUGCAACCAACCCCAGUGAAGAACCCAGAACUGGUAGCAUGUUCCCUGCCAGCACUUCAGCUGCUUGAUGUUGUCCCUUCAGAGACUGAACGGAGUGACAUUGCUGAAUACUUCUCUGGAAAUAAGCUGUUACCAGGCAGUCAGCCAGCUGCUCACUGUUACUGUGGUCACCAGUUUGGUGUCUUUGCUGGACAGCUGGGAGAUGGGGCAGCAAUGUAUCUUGGUGAAAUUGUCAACAAAGCAGGGCAACGUUGGGAAAUUCAGUUAAAAGGAGCUGGCUUUACUCCCUUCUCUCGUACAGCAGAUGGUCGCAAAGUUUUACGGAGCACUAUUCGGGAAUUUCUUUGCAGUGAGGCAAUGCAUCAUCUUGGAAUUCCUACAACCAGAGCAGGCUCAUGUGUGACCUCAGACUCUGUGGUCAUCAGAGACAUUUUUUAUGAUGGGCACCCUAAAGAAGAGCGCUGUUCUGUUGUACUCAGAAUAGCAGAGACUUUCCUUAGGUUUGGCUCUUUUGAGAUCUUUAAGCCUGUAGAUGAAGAGACUGGAAGGCAAGGUCCCAGUGUUGGGCGCACUGACAUUUUGAAACAGCUGCUUAACUAUACUGUUUCUACAUUCUAUCCACAGAUAUGGCAACGACAUCAGAACAUCGAUGACAAGCAAGAAAUGUACAUUGAAAUGUUUCAAGAAGUGUUGAGGCGAACUGCUCGUCUGGCUGCCGAAUGGCAGUGUGUUGGAUUUUGUCAUGGCGUGCUGAACACAGACAAUAUGAGUAUUGUAGGGGUUACCAUUGACUAUGGACCAUUUGGCUUCAUGGACAGAUAUGAUCCUGAUUUUAUCUGCAAUGCAUCAGAUGAUGGCGGUCGCUACUCAUAUAAGAACCAGCCGGAAAUAUGUAAGUGGAAUUGUUUGAAACUUGCGGAGGCCAUUCAGGAUUGUGUACCCUUGUCGCGCACAAAGCCUGAGCUGGAAAUCUUUGAUGAGGAGUUUAAGAGACACUAUAUCAACAAGAUGAGACGGAAGUUGGGUCUUUUGAGAAAGGAGCUACCAGAAGACAUAAAACUUGUGGAAGAACUCCUAAUGACUAUGAAAGAGACAGGCGCUGACUUCACAAAUAGCUUUCGCUGCCUUAGUCAUCUGCCUUUGCCAGGAACCACUUCAUUUAAGGAACGUCAGGAGGAAGUGCUCACCUAUCUGCUGACUCAGUGCAGCACUGUGGAAGAACUGAAAAAGUCCUUCAGACCCAGGAUGGAUCCCAAGCAGCUACAGACUUUGUUUGUCCUCAUGCAGACCAAUCCAUCCCUACUGGCAGUCCUUGGCCGAGGCUUUGGCGCCCUACAGGCAGAACUGGAACGCAUAGAAAAACUGGGGGAACUAGAGGGUGUGACGCAAGAGGUCAAGAAGAGCGAGGACGAGCAGAAGUGGAAAGAAUGGUUAGAAAAAUAUACCGCCAGGCUUCUAAUGGAGACAGAUGGGCUCUGUGAGACACCGUUGGAAUCUGCUGUUGAAGAGCGGGUCAAAGUCAUGAACGCCAACAAUCCCAGAAUCGUGUUGAGAAAUUACAUCACUCAAAGCGCCAUCGACGCCGCAGAAAGGGGAGACUUCAUGGAAGUGAGGCGAGUGCUAAAAAUGCUGGAAAAUCCCUACACGCCGCUUGAUCAAAGCCCCCAUGUUUUGAUGUCACCGGCAGGGGCCGGCGCCGACUCGCUGGCUGUAGGAGCAGAAGCGGCCGCAUCUGACUGUAAAGGAGCAGAGGGCAGCACGGGUCACAGCGGUCACGCCAGUCGCGUGUUGGCGACGUAUGACUGCAAACCUCCUGAUUGGUCACUAGACUUGCGGGUCACGUGAUCAUCGUAAACGUCACCAGCGAGGCCAUGUUGUGGGCGAAAGGGGUAGAGAAUCUGACCAUUCCCCCUUUCUCCCGCGCUGCAGCCGCAACCAUGGAGCUUCUUCAAGAAAACUUGAAUCUGAACCUUGAGAAUCUGCUGAAGUCGGGGACUGGCAGACAAGAACUGUGUAUUACUGCUGACAACAGUCUGCCUUAGAAAUGUUGUCAACUUUUGUGUACAGAGAGACAUCCGUUGUGUCUUUGAAGAAGCUUCGGGCAUCAGGUGCGGCAUGUGCAAAGAUUGGCCUUUGCUUUGGUGACCUUCGUUAUGAAAUGUGUCAAUGGCAGUUGAUGCACCCACAGAUUAGUUUGCAUACUUCAAGGAAGGCAGGAACUGUACACAGAAUCUCUUUUUCCUGUGACGGAGUGCUCUUUUAUUUCCUUUCAUUUUUUGUUUUUUGGUAAUAGAGCGUGAGAGUCAUAAACAUUGAAUGUGUGUGAAUGUAAAUGUGGGUGUGUAUGAGUGUGUGUGUGUGGGUUGGUGGGUAUAAAUGUAUGUGUGUGGGUUGGUGGGUAUAAGUGUGUGUGUGUGGAGUAGGAAGGAGACGAUGAAAGUGAACAUGACUAUGUUCACAAAUCUCUCAGAGCGUUGCUACACUUGUCACAUGGCCUCUCUGCUUCAGUGUUCGCGCUCUUCUUGCGCACGAAAAGAAAGCGAGGCUUUUCCGGCAGCCUCGUCUCCCUCCUGAUCAUCUCUGUGACCGAGAUGUCUUUCUAGGCACGUAGUUGUCUUUUGUCAUACAUACAAGUUCAUGCAUCUCGUGAUUUAAUCUGUCUUGUGACAUGGCUACCUUUUUGUCUCUUGGGACGUAUCUAGUUCUUGGCUUCAAGUGACCUGGAUAUAUCUUUUUAAAAAAAAAAACUAUAUGCGCGUUUCCUGUGGCUUAGACACUUCUCUGUGUAUCUUCUGACUCAGCUGUCUGUGUUUUUGGCCCAGAAAAAAACCUCUUUGCGUUUUGUGACAGUGUCAGAGACUUCAUGUCUCUGUUUCUUGUGGCCUAUCUAUAUGACUUCUGACCUCGCUAUCUCUGUCGUGUUCUCCUUGUAUCUUUGAUAUGUGCCUUAUUUCAUUCUGGCGCUUGAUGUAGCUAUCAUUUUAGCAAAACAACAAACAUAACUGUCAUUUAGGCAAGUUUGAUCAGCGCUUUUAGUGCCUUGCAAUGCAGCUGUUACAGCACUGCUCGGCGUCCUGUACCUUCCAACAUCAUGCAAACUAACCUGUCAGGUGCUUAUGAUGACGAAGCUCAAACUCUCUUGAGGGGCUGUUAGUCGGAUGAGAAACUGCCUUGUCAUGUUCUUGUUGGUUUCUUUAGACUCCAUCUUUUACCAACCGUUUGUAUAAACAUCGGGUCUUGUAUAUUUUAAUAAUCAUGUAAGUUGUACAAGAAAGUUUUAAGGACAUAUUCUGUUAACGAAGUGAAUAAGUCUUCAAGAUGAAGGAUGUAUAUGGAUAGAAAUGAUACAUUUUCUGAAGUCUUGUUAAGCAAGGUAGCCAAGAAAGAAAAUAGACAUGAAGAAGAAAAGAUGUAAUAAGAAAAUAAAAGAAAGAGAGCGCU